AUGAGUAGUGGACGAGUCUCGAUCAAAAUUCCAUCACCCUUCGGGAAUAGAAUUCGGAAACAGGAGAGUUCUGCUUUUCGGACACAGGAUAGCCUUGAUGACGAUGAUGAUUUAAAUUCUAGUAGGGAUCAAUCACCUACUCUUUCAUCGUCGUCCAGAAAAGGAGAUACAACGACGACAACGGAAGUGAAAUUAAAUUCGUUGGUUGGAACGACGUUACCGUUUACAAAUAUUUCGGAAUUGAAAAGAAUCAUUCAACAGGAAACAGAUAUAUUAAUCAUUCUGGGAUAUGGAGUGGAAUAUAUACAACCCACUAGAAAAAGUCUGGAGGCAUUGCUAGACUAUGGACGUGAUCCUGGUGUAGAAUAUAAAAACAAAGUCAAAGUAGUUUUAAUAGAUCAAGAAAUGAAUAGAAAAUUUUGUAACGAAAAUAAUCUUGUAGUGGGAACUCCAAUUUUGCAAAUGUAUUACAACUCUAAAAGUGUUCGAUUUAGAUUUCAAGACAGUUUAGUGCAGGACACAAAGGAUCUGUCUGACAAUUCACUUUCAUCCACAUCUUCGACCAAGCCAAAAAAGAGGGAAAAAACAUCUAAACAUGAAGAUGACGACUUGGCAGAUUUUGAUAUGGGUGAAAAAGGAAGUUCUAAACCUAGAAAUGUAUUUAUUUCACAACUACAUUACUCAAUUAUUCAAGCCCUUGUAGUGCUUACUUUUGAUGCAAUAGAGGAUAUGGGCAACGAUACAUCGAAUGAAAUCAUUGUAGAUGUUGAUAUGGCCAUACUUCGUGGAGAUGUGGAACUUGAUAGGGACGCCGAAGAUAAAUUUGAUUCCACCCUUAGUGAUGAAACAGAUAGUGGAGAAGAGACGGAUGAUGACGAGGAUGAAGAUGAAGCUGCAAAAACCUUGCCACCAAGUGCUUCUCAAGCUCAAUCCAUGGAUGAUGGUGACGAGGAUGACGAAGAUGACGACGAAAUGUCGAGAGCUACCAACAUUAGAAAUUAA